AUGAAGUUCGCCCUCUUCUUCAUCACCCUCGUCGCUCUCUUUCAGAUCGCCCUGGCCUCGCCCUCCAUCAACGGGUACAACGACGCCCCUCCCACCCCUCACCGCGCCUACUCUCACCCCCGAACUUCUCCCUCGCCUUCUCCCCGUCCCGGACACCAUCGUUGGAACCACGACCACAAGUCUAGGUUGGAGAGGCUCGUCAGCGAGAACAGGCCUGCCAAGAAGAUGGUCGAGGUCGGGGACGAGUUGGUCCAGAAGCGUAGGGUCUGGGGGUCGAAGAGCAGGAAGGCUUAG